CAAAAGCCUUCGAAUCAAUUGGGUGCAUCAGGGACUAUCAAACAAUUCUUUUGCUUGCUGUUUUCUUAGAUAGGCUGGUGAGAUGCGUCAACUACGAAAUAUAAUACUUGUAGCCUCUUCGGCUUUGUGGGCAGGCCAACAAAUCUGCUUUGCAUUCGCGCCGUUGUGCUGUCAAGCCCGUCGUUGGUCAACCGCCCUACCUAACAAAGGUCAGCGAAGACAAUUGGAAGUUUACUGCGCCCCUCCAACAACAAGCACUCAAAUUCAGGAAAGAGCACCACUUUCCGAUGCUGCCACUUGGCACCGCGAAAGGCGAAGGCAAAUGUUAAAGAAGUAUGGACAACAGAUUGCGCCUCUGGAGCGACAAGCCUCCAGCCAAGAUGUGGCUGUCCCUCUGCUCGCUUUAGCGAACUUAUCGCUAUUAGGAAUGUCAAUUUGGAGUGGAUCACUGCCAAUUGCUGGUGUUGUUGCUUUGGCUGCUUUUCCUGGGUCCAUGUUCUCCCUAUGGCAGUUGCAAAUUCUGCAUGAUGUGUUACAUGGUUCUUUGCUGAAAAAGGGAGUGAGUUCGUUUUGGGGAAUUAAAAGGAAAACACUACAGGACCAGAUUCUGUUUUGGGGGUCUAUGCCCUCCGUAUUUGGAUACUACCUUUAUUUAAAGUUCGGCCACUUGUCGCACCACAAGAAUGUUGGAGAUCCUCACCAAGCUAGCCUAUCGCAGUUGUUUGCUUCCGAUCAAGUCGACUUCGAAGACGGGGACGUACUCUUUGUAGCACACCGUAUGAAUUUGAAGGGCGAUAUUGGCCCGGUGUUCAAUAUGCCCUUUGGCAAAAAGAUCAAAAUGUCUAUAAGCAAAAGCGGUUUUAACUCUUGGAGACAAGGCCAUGCCAUGUGGAAUGCGAUCAUGUUUACCGCGUCUUUCAUGUACGAACGUCUCAUGCUCCUUCUGAAUGAUGCAAUAGUUGCUGGUACCGGCUACAACUUGUUCUUUCCCAAUAAGCCUCAAAUCUUUCACGAUGAAUGUGCCAAGUAUGCUCGAUGGGCAACUGCGCUUCGUGCAAGCUUGUGGAUCUUCGCUGGAUGGCAAUCGUUAUUAUUUCUCUACCUGGCAGAGACGCUGUGGUCCAUUCCACCACACCCGGCUUGUGCAAUGUUUGUGACAAAUCAUCCAUCGUCAAAAGAUGGAGAAUCUGGGAAGUGCAUUCCGUCACAAUCAACAUAUGCCGGUGCCUGGUAUUCAAUCUUUACGUUGGGAACAAACUAUCAUUGUGAACACCAUGACUUUCCAACCAUUCCAUUGCACAAACUAGGCGAGCUAAGAGAAAUCGCGCCCGAGUUUUAUCGUCAUGGGUCCAACGAUAACUUGGCACAGGUAAUGAUCAAAGCCUUUGACGAUCCUGAUUUUUACGCAUGUAUGGAUACUGGAAUUGGAUCAACUAAGCAAAAUUAG